UAACAUUUUAGCCUAAGGAAAGGUACCACUUACGAGAGGGAGGAUAAUAUUAAAAUUGUAAUAAUAAGGAAAUUUUGUGUAAGGGUGUGGAUUGGAUUCAUGUGCCUCAGAAUACGGUCCACUGACGGGAUGUUGUCAACACGGUGAUGAACCUUCGGGCUGGGAAUCUUCAGACUACUUACGCGACAAUCAGCUUCUCGAUAAUGACUGGCAACGAAUAUUAUGUUGUGAAACACAAACAUUUUAUCAGGUACAAGGUAAUGUAACGUUUAAGGAGAUAAAUCGACGAUCAAAUCGAUUUACACUUGAGAUCGUGCGAGUUGUAAAGGUUCAUGGACUUGUAGGUGGACACCAACGUUAGUUAUAACCUACAGGGCUGUUUGUUCAGGGCAGUCGCGCUUGUCGGGGGUAGGUAACAGACGAGAACGGAUCACAAUGGAAUGAUGACUGGCUGGGAAAACCCCGAAAUACUAGGACACACAAACCUGCCCCACUGCCACGCCGUCUACCACAAAUCCCACACGACGUCUUCCAGCAUCUUACCCGGAUCUCCGCGGUGAAAACCCCAACUCAAUUCAUCACUUGAGGUGUUGAUGAAAGGGUGAGACGAGUGAGGGGGUUACUGUUUAGUGAACGGUAAAGAAUCGAAGACGAUUGCGAAAGAAAGUUGUCGGUAAAAUGAGUGUUCUUGAGGUUGUGAAGAUGUAGACGCUGGUGUUCUGGGCGGUAACGCCGUGUGAUAUUACGGGUUGACACAGACGUCCGGGAACUCUAAAGAUGGAUACAAAAGGUUCUCCUGAAACUUUUGUUAUCGAAAUGCAAGUCCUCGCGACAUUACAACCGGCAAGGGGAACAUCAACAUUUAUCAAAGCUUAGGCAUAUUUGUAAAUCUACCGCGAUAAAUUUCAGUAUUUUGAUUUUUUUUUUAUUAGAAUUCUCGUGGAAAUUAUUUUUAUCUUGUACGCAGAAGCGUCAUUUUAUCUGAACUCUAGACGAACACCUGCCCAGUCACCCAGAUCACACUCAAAGUCCUAUUACUGCAGCCACAAACAGCGAACUCAAUUUGACUGAAUUAUCAUGCUGCCGAGAGAGAGAAAGACAGACUUUAAUAAAUAAAUAAAAAAACCUCGUAAAUACAUCGCCUUGUUACUGUGACAUUAGAGUGUAAGAGAUGACCACUACCAUAAUGAUGCUAAUGAUGAUGAUUGUUAUGAUGACGGAAGAUAAUGACGACAACGGGAGGAGUUUCCUCGACCAAGACCUGGCCAGGUAUAUAACAGCUACGUAAUAGACCGAGGAGAGUGAGUCAGUGUACAAGGUAUGAUACGGGCAGGUAGUUGUGGACAUAACCAAGUUGAUCCCGCGACUGAAUGAGAUUCUCGCACGUGUUUUGUUUCAAAGUGGCUGAACUAGAUGUCAGUAAAAACGGGACAAAGAAAUAUCGCUGGAACUGGCAACAGAGUGUCUUAUUGUUCCAACUAUCGAGUUAAGAGUGAAGACGGAACUACAAGACACCGUUCACAACAGCGGAUACGUUCUGUGACCCCUCCCGCCCCUCAUUCUGACCGCCUUUUGCAGAAUGAACAGUGCAGUUGUGUUCGGGGUUCUCGUUGCAUCCCUAGCAGUUCACUCCGAAGGCGGACCAGUGAAUAUCAGAGCAUGGCACCAUCCAUGUGGUCACUCCGUCAGAGCUGACACAAACACCGGUAAACACGCGAGUCGCCACGGACCUUCUAAGCUGCUAAAAGUCGUCAAAACUCAGAUAGGUGUCGCCAACAAGUAUUUCAAGAACGAGGAGAAAAACAUCGUCACCACAUACAAACAGGUUGGAUUGCUUAAGGAAGAACUCUAUCGUUAUGAUUGGUUACCACAGAGGCAGCUUAACUGGUACAAGAACAAGAUACAGUGCCUAGAGAAAUCAGCUAAGGUAAAGAAUGUGCUACAAGUUCUUCACAGCUCCUUGCAAAACUUCUCAGCUACGUUCGAAGAGCUGAGAAAAUUCAACCGGCCUGAAAUUUAUCCAGAAAACAUCGCACGAAUCAGAAAGGGAGUUAUCAAAGGAAUAGCCCAACAUCUCACUCAGGUUCUAUGCGAAGUUGAAUGGGCCCUCGAAAGUCUGAAUAUAUCGAUACCUGACCGAGUAAGAGAAGAUUUCUUUUCGACUGAAGAUAAAUGGGACAGGAGCCCAGAUGCUACAGGAUCCCUAGUUCAAGACUGGGGGGUCAUUUCCUUGUACAAGAAAUUCCUAGGAGAAUGGAAUUUGAUCAUAGGCAAAGUUAUGAAGAAAGGUGUGUGCAAGAAUUCUGAAAGUGUCGGUAAGAGAAAGAAGAAACAGAGACAAUGACGAAUACCUCGGCCCAGUUUUUAAAUUAUGCAUGUCAGUUCGUACAAAUUCGAAAAAAAAAAUCGACACGUUCCAACACGAAAGAGACGUCCGAUGGCAAAUGAUAGCCACCUAUAACAUAAUCUGAUACGCGUAUUAGACUUCUUUGUUCGAAUAACAAAGUAUGGAUUAUGAUCUGACAUUUUAAAUAUUAUAUAAACGACAAUUUACUCCGAGCCCUGAUGAAGCUACUAACUGAAGACUGAGGGUGUGAUGAUUUGUUGCUUGGUCAGAGCUCAAACACGAUUAUAGUUGAAUAUGGAGCUACGGAGGGAUGGUGAUUAACGGAGGAAAACACAAGAACUUGGUGGGGAAAAAGAAAUCUUGUUACAGUGUCGCUUCGUCAACUAUGAAUCUCACUAGAGGUCACCCGGGAUUUAAUCUACGGUAAGAAGCCAGCACCCCUCCGCCCAAGCCCACUCAAGGCCGUAUUUCAGAUAUCGAAUAUCCCUACAGUUAUAAAUUCUGUGUAUACUAAGUAUACACUGUAAUAUCAAUUCCGUCCAUAUAAGGGACAUCAGAUGUCAUUUUGAAAUGUUUCUACACACUUUAAAGUUUACAAGAAUUUUUAUAUCAAAUUAAUUCAUAAGAAUAGGAUUCAAAAUAUGGCCGUCGUCCGAGUUUUUGCGUCGUGCAGUCUGACAGAAGUUUACCGACGUUUCGGAGGUCGCUUGCUGCGAUAAUCGCCCUGAUGAUGGAGGCAGCAAGAACCUCUGAAACGUCGGUGAACUUCUGCCAGACGCAACGAGCCAGUGGGCAACCGCGGUUAUUUUAUACGAAUUUAAAAUAAUUCCUUGUUGAUGCAACGUCGUGCGACUUACAUUAUCAGACUUUGAUAAGUCAUUCUUGUAAAGUAGUUUAGUGGUAAUGACAAUUCUCAAGUGUUAUGACAGUAUUACCGCAUAUCAACAAAUACGUUUCAUGUUUUAUAAGUGUUAAAAAGAACAACAACAACAACACAGAAACAAAAAAUGCUGACGGUGUGGACCGAUCUCAGAGAAAAUAGGUCCUUUUGUAAAUAUUACGAUACGCUUAUAAUAUUGCCACGAAAUUGUAUGUGAUCUGAGGUUAUAGUUCCUAUAUUUAUUUAAGCAUUAAGUGAUGUUUAAGUAUGUUUAUAAAGAGGCAAACUAAUAAGACAGUUUGUUUCUUAGAGGAACAACAAAACUGCAUUAAGCUGGAGAAUGAAUCUUAUUGGAAACAUUGGGACGAGGUUCUGAUUGUGAUAUUGUUACAGAACAUGUAAUUUAUGUAUUUUUGUUCUGUUUCCAAAAAAGGUUCUUUCUAUUAGAUCAUUUGCAAUACGUAAUUUAAUUUUGUGACCACAGGAUAUAUCGACCCUGUUCUACCUUGGACACAAAAGUACAGCUGAAUGAGUGAUUCCUCGUUCAUUUUAAGUACCGCGUGUCAUUCCGCUUAAUUUAUUUAAUAAUUUAUUCUGAAGUCUUGAAUCCGUGUGUUCAAUUUGUAUUAUCAUCAUGUGCCAUUAAUUUAUUGAAUAUUUAUUGAUGAUCAAACUUUUAUUGUCUUAAAUUAUGAUAAUAUUAAA